AAUUAUAUACGAAACGUUGGCAUACAUGUCAACAAUUCGAAGCAAUGUACAAGUCAACGUCAUCUUGCCUUAUUUUUUGGGUGUAAAACUAAUGUUAUGAUUUCAGGACACUUCUUAUUGUAAAUAAUUUGAUUAGCUUUCAUUUAAAAGUUACAAAAUGGUGCUUAUAGCAGCUGCUGUUUGCACCAAAGCAGGGAAAACUAUUGUCUCACGACAAUUUGUUGAAAUGUCAAAGGCAAGAAUUGAAGGUCUACUUGCUGCAUUUCCCAAACUGAUUCCAGUUGGAACCCAGCAUACUUUCGUUGAAACCGAUUCUGUUCGUUAUGUAUAUCAGCCGUUAGAACGUUUGUAUAUGGUAUUAAUUACUACAAGAGCUAGUAAUAUAUUAGAGGAUUUGGAAACAUUGAGACUCUUCGCAAGAGUGAUUCCCGAAUAUUGCCGCUCAUUGGAAGAAAGCGAAAUCGUUGAAAAUGCUUUCUCCCUGAUAUUUGCUUUCGAUGAAAUAGUAGCUUUAGGAUACAGGGAAAGUAUAAACUUGUCUCAAAUUCGCACCUUUGUUGAAAUGGAUUCGCAUGAGGAAAAAGUUUAUCAGGCCGUUCGUCAGACUCAAGAAAGAGAGGCAAAGAAUAAAAUGUGGGAGAAGGCUAAGGAGCUCCAGAGGCAAAAGAUCGAAGCUAAAAAGUUGGGUAAACCCUCCUUUGGAAACAGUGGUGGAUUUGGUAGUACCACUUCUUAUACUCCAACCCCAUCUGUGGGAGAUAUCGUGAAUGUUUCUAAUGAUAUAAAAACUAGUAGUUACACUGCUGCACAAAAACCAGUUAGCAAGGGUAUGAAAUUAGGAGGUAAAGGGAAAGACGUUGAAUCUUUCGUGGAUCAACUUAAAUCGGAAGGCGAAAAAGUUAAUGCUCCAACAAUUAACAGUAUUUCUCAAACUGGUCUUAAAAUAUCAGCUGUUAAUAAACUGGACGUUGAUGACGUUCAUUUGAGAUUAGAAGAAAAAUUACUGCUCAGCAUUGGAAGAAAUGGUGGUAUACAACAGUUUGAAUUAUCUGGAUUGAUAACAUUGCACAUUGGUAAUGAAAAAUGGGGACGAAUUCGUGUACAGAUAGAGAACCAAGAUAGCAGAGGGGUUCAGCUACAAACGCAUCCAAAUGUAGAUAAGGAGUUAUUCAAAAUGCGCUCUCAGAUUGGAUUAAAACAACCAGCUAAACCUUUUCCCUUAAAAACUGAUGUGGGGGUUUUGAAAUGGAGACUCCACAGUACAGACGAGAGUUUUGUCCCUCUGCAAAUUAAUUGUUGGCCUUCAGAAGCGGGCGAUGGUAGUUGUGAUGUUAACAUUGAAUACGAACUGGCUCAAGCAGAUCUCGAGCUAACUGAUGUAAACAUCAUAAUUCCUCUACCCAUUGGUUGUGUUCCUGUUGUUGGAGAAUGUGACGGCACCUACACACAUGAAUCCAGGAAGAAUCAGCUCGUUUGGAACAUGCCAAUCAUCGAUGACACUAAUAAGAAUGGUUCGUUAGAAUUCAAUGCACCACGUGCCAUUCCGAAUGAUUUCUUUCCCGUUUCUGUGACUUUCAGUUCGAAAACUUCUUAUGCCAAAAUAAAGAUCAUUGAUGUUCUUCUAGUUGAUGAUGAUUCUCCAGUGAAGCAUUCUUGCGAGACCGUUUUUUAUCCAGAAAAGUAUGAAAUUGUUUAAGGAAAAUGAUGAAGGUAUUAUAGUAAAUAAAUUAUAUAACUUUCAUAAAAAACACUGUAAAAAUAUGAAUCAAUAUUUUAUUCGUAAUUCAAAAACCAUUUACUUUUUAUAAAAUGGAAACCUGCAUUUGGUUUUUCGUAACAUUAAGUGUAUGAUGAAUAUCUUGGAAUAAAAAUGUUAAUAGAA